AUGCCUAUUAUAAUUAAUAAUAAGGAUGAGUUCGAUCAGUAUCUCAAAGAAGGAAAACUGGUUGUGGUAGAUUUUUGGGCAGAUUGGUGUGGACCUUGUAGGAUGAUGGCUCCAGUAUUUGAACAGCUUUCAAAGGAUUUUCCAAAUGUACAUUUUCUUAAGGUCAACUCUGAUGAUCACGGAGAUAUAUCGCAAGAUUAUCAAAUUCGAGGUUUGCCUACUUUCUUGUUCUUCAAGGAAGGGCAAAGAAUAACAGAGGCUGAUGUCGUCGGUGCCAAUAAAUCCCUUUUAGAAGCAAAUGUUAAGAAAUAUCAAUAA